GUUGUAUGCUGAUUUUAGUUGCUAGAAGAACAAUAAUGGGGGGAAGGAAAAGUUGCUGGAAUGUGUUCCUGAACUCCACACUGGAGAGUAGCCCAUCAUCAUCAUCAUCACACUGGAGAGUUGUUUAUUGUGAAUGUCCUUUUUUAAUAAGUUCAAACUAUAAUAUAAAUUUGCAAAUGUUUGAAUUGAAGGGCAGACAACUAGAUGAUGCAGUGGGAAGCAAACAUUUUGAGAAUCAAAGACCAAAAUAUAACACGAGUCUUCUUGUUCCCUUACAUUUCAUUCAUAAGAAUAAAUUUUAAACUAUGUUAUGUUUGAUUCUGGUUUUGUGUAGUGGUUCAGCAAGGGACCACACAAUAGUAUGAUCAUGGCAGCAAGGAUGAAAUAACAAACGCAACAGACCGCAUGAUAACACCUAUCACAAGUGUUAAUUUCACUAGAUAGGGUGAGCUAGUGUUCUGCUUGUAUCGUUUAUUGUUUAGUAACUUUGAUUUGGCCAACUAAAACAGCGACACUCUGGCUAACUUGUAAACUUAAGAGAGAAAAAGAUGUUCAUUAACUUGGUAAGAUCCCCAUUAAUAAUGAGAGUAGACAAAGGAUUCAGAGCAAAAUACUGAAUCCUGGUGACAAAGUCUAAAAACUCGUCCAGUUGUAUUACCCCAAAUUAGAUGCUUUUUUUAGUGUUUUUCUGUUGGGUCUUCCACCUACUAGACAUAAAAGCGGCUUCUAUAUUAUAUGCUAAGUCCUGUCUCUAUCUGCAUUUUUGUCUGGUAUAAAAAAUGCAGUGAAAUUAUGGGCCUCUGGAACAAAACCACCAAAUAUGGCCAACAGUUUAGCCUCUAUACUUGUACUCAUUCUGUUCUGUGGAUCAGCAGUUGGAGCCAGAACAAAAUUGUUCCAAGCCGAUGUCAAUGGCAUUUGUAAAUUGAUGGUGGAGACUCAAGGAUAUACUUGCCAGGAACACAAGGUGACAACGCAGGAUGGCUAUAUUCUCAGCAUGCAGAGAAUUCCUGUGGGCCGGUCAGGUGAGACAGCUGGCAACCGGGCACCAGUCCUGCUACAGCACGGGCUCAUGAUGGAUGGGAUAACAUGGCUUCUGAGCGCUCCAGACCAAUCUUUGGCUUUAAUCUUGGCGGAUAAUGGCUUCGAUGUGUGGCUUGCCAGCAGUCGUGGAACUAAAUACAGUCUCGGGCAUACUUCUCUCACCCCAGAGGACUCGGCUUAUUGGGAUUGGUCAUGGGAUGAAUUGGUAGCUUAUGAUCUCCCGGCUACGUUCCAGUAUGUCCACGAUCAAACAGGGCAGAAACUGCACUAUGUUGGCCACUCACAGGGAACUUUGGUCGCUCUGGCUUCCUUUUCGAAAGGGCAGCUAGUCCACAUGCUAAGAUCAGCUGCCUUGCUAAGUCCAAUUGCUUAUGUUGGUCAGAUGACCUCUCCUCUAGCAAGAAAUGCUGCAGAUAAAUUCCUUGCUGAAACCUUAUAUUGGCUGGGCAUCCAUGAAUUUGAUCCAAGGGGGGAGGCUGCUGUCAAACUUCUCAAAGCAAUAUGCAACAAACCAGACGUUGACUGCACCCAGUUGCUGACAUCUUUCACAGGUCCGAACUGCUGCCUCAACUCUUCUAUAGUUGGUGUUUUCCUAGAGCAUGAGCCUCAGCCCGCAUCAACAAAGAACUUGAUCCAUCUGGCUCAGAUGAUCAGAGAAGGAACCAUCACCAUGUACGACUACAACGAGGAGGAGGAGAACAGGAAACACUAUGGGCAGGCCAGGCCUCCAGUAUACAACAUGACAAGCAUACCAAACGACCUUCCUCUCUUCCUGAGCUAUGGAGGCAAGGACGCUCUUUCUGAUGCCAAAGAUGUGCAGCUGCUGCUGGAUAGCCUCAAAGACCAUGAUGGAGACAAGCUUGUUGUGCAGUACAUAGAGGAUUAUGCUCACGCAGAUUAUGUUAUGGGGGUCAAUGCCAAGCAAGCUGUUUAUGAUCCUCUCAUGGUGUUUUUCAGGCUUCAAUGACAACAUUAUUCGGAAAGAAAUUAAAAGAAAAAAAAGAAGAAAAUUCCAGUGUGAAGCUUUUUUUUUUUUUUUCAGUUAGAUUUUCAUGUUUGCAAUUUGCAUGUCUUUCUAUUGUGUUAGCUAAAUUUUCAUUGUCAUAUGAGUUGUAAGGCUAAAGGCCUCUUAGAAGAUAAAAUUAUUAGAUAGAAAUGAUUAAAGAUAUAAAAUUCUUGCGAUUAAAGCUUUAUGAUAUUGUUGUUACUGCACUGUACAAAGUCGUAUAGUUCAUAUGUAAAAUAAUGUUACAUCCA